GAAAAAUAGAUCUCAUUUAAAUGAAGUUUCAGAAUACUGAAAAACAGUGAUUUCGAUUUUCAUGUGUUCAGUUUAUUUGUGGAAUACUGCCUUACUUCCCCGGCUUUGCUUACUCACCUAUCUGCAGCUAACAUUGAUUUACUGGUGGAGAAUAAAAUGUUUGAGAAAGCCAUAGCUGUUCUAACGACGAAUCUAGACCUACCGAAUAAUCUGAGUGGUAACAGAAGUUUAUUUCUGCUUGCCAAUCUAAUCCAUUUGAGCUAUCUUGACCAGCAUAGCUUAGUGGAAUAUUUGAUUGAUUGGACAGAUGUGAUGAACAAAUUAUUGACAAGAUGUGAUCGGCUCGUUGCAAAGAAGAAAAGCAGUCGUAGCCAUUGGCAUCCUAUCUUUGGAUGGUAUUCGGAGCCCUUAGAUCGCAGCACGGAAGGUUCUUUGCCUCUUGUUGUACGUCAGUUGCACUAUCUGUGGUCAAAACCAAUAGUGACGUGUUUGUUUGGUCAGCUAUUACACUGUGAUCCGGAAAAACAGGCAUAUCGUACAUCUCAAUCAGCAGUUGCUGUGCAAAAUGAUCUUGCGACUUCAAUUCAAAAGCUCUGGAAAAAAUUGAAUAUAAUUCGUGCAGAAGCCCAAACAAAUGAGAUUGCUCAACAGCUGCCGGCGUUAUCAAUGACUGCGGUUGUAUGCCAGCUUUAUCAAAAUGCUUUACUUACGUUAAACUCAUUGCAUACCGAUAUAUUGUCGGGUUUGUGCCGCGAAGACUUUCUUCUUCCACUUUUAUGGGAACAUAUUGUUAGCUUAUCGCCAGCUGACAAUGGAAUAUCUCAUAUAAUUGCACUGGUUGCUUCUCAUCCACCAAAAAUUACGCAUUUUGCCCCAAUCGUCCUGUUCGCUAAUUGUGCUGCUUCGGUCGUUUCGAUCCUUGACGAAGAAGAAAUGUAUGAGCAGGGUAGUCCGUUCACUCUUGAUCAGUUGUGUGCUAUUGCCAAAUUUUGCAAUUUGUUUUGUUUUCGUGUAAUUUGGAACUCUUAUAUUGACCUGCAGCAGAUUUCAUCUUGCCCAUUAUUUUCAUCCAUUUAUCAGCUCUGUAUGCUAUUAUAUAAUCGUGAUUGUCGAAGAGCUUUCUCAAAAGAUCAUAAAUUCUGGAUUGCGCCUGAUGUCAAAAGUUCAGUCAUAAUAAAUGAAUUCGAAAAGAAAACUGAGCGUGCUCUUUUUCUGAUGUCUCACAUGAGCCAUUUAGUAGCCUUAUAUGAUCGAAUAGUUUUGUUCAGGAAAUAUGUUGCAUCAGAAAAAGAAAGUAUGGAAGGCGCUCCAAGUACGAUGAUAACAGUGGAAAGAAAUAGACUACUUGAUGAUGGUUAUCGUCAGCUGUCAUUGCUGUCGCCCACUGCACUUAAAUCAACCAUUCGUGUAAAGUUCAUUAACCAGCAGGGAUUAGAUGAAGCAGGUAUUGAUCAGGACGGUGUAUUCAAAGAAUUUUUGGAAUUAACGUUGAAGCAUGUUUUCAAUCCCGAUCUCAAUCUUUUUAAGUGUUCACCAAAUCGGCAACUUUUUCCUUCACCCACAUCAGAUCUGCAUGAGAAUCAUCUGGCUCUUUUUCAGUUUGUUGGUCGUAUGCUAGCUAAAGCUGUUUAUGAGGGUAUCGUCACUGAAGUACAUCUUGCACCCGUAUUGUUAGCAACUGUAGUGGGUCGUAAAUUGUGUGCAUUUGAUGAGUUAUCACAGCUGGACCCGGAUCUUUACAAAAGUCUUACUUAUGUGAAACAUUAUUCGGAUUCGGAUGUUGCUGAUUUAUCAUUAACUUUUUCGAUUGAUGAAGAUAUACUGGGAUGUGUACGUACCAUUGAUUUGGUCCCAGGAGGUCAUGCAAUGCAUGUUACAAAUGAGAAUAAGAUAGCCUAUGUUCACAAAAUGGCACAGUAUCGCGUUUUUAAUCAAACAAAAGAGCAAUGUCGCGCUUUUGUGUCAGGAUUUCUCUCUGUGCUGAACGGCAAUUGGCUUUCUUUGUUUGCUCCGCACGAACUUCAGUAUUUGAUUUCGGGGCAGUCGACUGAUAUCGACUUGCACGAUCUUCGUAAGCAUGUGCAAUAUUACGGAGGUUUUCACAAUAAUCAUCGAGUCAUCAAAUGGCUUUGGCAAAUACUGGAAAAUGAUUUCACUGCUGAAGAGCGUCGUUUGUUUUUAAAAUUCGUAACGAGCUGUUCUCGUGCACCGCUUUUGGGAUUUGCGUAUCUUGAGCCUCCUUUUUCGAUUCGUUGUGUUGAAGUUUCUGAUGACCAGGACCAAGGCGACACUUUAGCUAGUGUUGUACGUGGCUUUUUGGCUAUUAAGCGACGUCAAUCACCUUCGCGGCUUCCCACUGCUUCCACUUGUUUUAACCUUUUGAAAUUGCCAAAUUAUGGCAAAAAGUCAGUUCUGUUGCAGAAAUUGAGAUAUGCUGUGCACUCAGAAACUGGCUUUGAACUUAGUUAAAACUGACUUUGGACUUAGUUAAUUCGGAUAACUUUAUUUUGGCUUUCUAAUUUUCAUUGUUUCUGAUAAUUGUUCUAGUUUUCAUUAGUUCUUUUUUUUACUGCUUGAUUCUUUGCGGAUUCAUCUUCAGUAAUAAUUUGGAGUAAUAUACGUCAGCGCGGCAUUACUUAUUUUUUACUGGGAUGUGAAUCGAUAUAAGGUAACGAUCACUGCCUUGUUACUUCCUCC